AUGGCAGAAGAGAAUCCUUUCAGUCAGGAGGCAGAGAGCUCUUCUAUUCUCUCUCCUUCAAAUCCUUCUGACAUUGAUGUCAACCCAAAUCAACGUUUGAGUUCAGUGUUACUGAACGAAUUCAAUUACUUUCCUUGGUCGAGAGCUGUUACACUUGCUCUUGGUGGAAGAUCAAAGCUUGGCUUCAUUAACGGGAAUAUUGAAGCUCCUGAUGUUUCUUCACCCAAUUAUGAAUCCUGGCUGUGCAAAGACCAAUUGGUUAUGUCGUGGCUUCUCAACUCUAUAGAGCGGAAAGUUGCUGAAAUUUUCAUCUUUUACGGGUCCUCUUUCAUCUAUGGGAGGCUAUCAAAGAAAUGUAUGGCAAUCAAAACAAUUAUGCCCGUGUUUUUCAACUCAAGAAAGACAUUGCAAGCCUUCAACAAGAGGGUAAGCCUUUUAUCCAACUUCUUGGUAGCAUGA